CAUUUAAUGUGGAUAAAUCCAAGUCCAGAUAACUACUCCAAAUCCCUUUCCAUUUUACAGUUCCCAUUACCAAUUUCCUUGUCUCUCCAUUUGACAUCAGCACCAGCAUCAUCAAUUUCCCAAAUUUGCAAUGUCCAAAAGACCCUUAUUAUUCAUUCAUCUCUUCCUCCAUUGACCACUUCUCAACUUUGGUGUUUCCUCAUUUUUUCUUUCUUCAAACCGUUAUUAGGGUUUUCUUCACUUCUCCAUUUUUCCCUCUUUCACACUUUCCACCAAGAUCCCACUUGGACUUUUUUUCAUACCCUUUUCAUAAACAAGUCUUACUCUCUCUAAAAGCUUCAAUUUUUCACACAACCCCUUUUUUUGGGGCUUUUUCAAUUUUCUUUCUUUUGGGAUAAUUGGGUCAGUUUCGUCUUAAAGUUUGGAUUUUUCGAUCUGAUCCAGUUACGUUUGUGCUCAAUUGUCUCUAGCUGGUUCGAGUUGUUUCCAAUUUUGGGUCAAGUUUGGAAGAAAAAAAGGGUAUGUAAUUUACCUCUUAUUUAGGUUCUAGGGUUAAUUUUGGUGCUGUUGAAGGAAUUGAUUUGCUUGUUGUCUGUAUUUGUGAUAAAGGGUUGCUGUUCAAUUGAGAUUUGAAUCUGGAAUUUUGGAUUUUGUUGCUAGUUUAUGAUUUUGUUGACUUAAGGGAUGCUUAGAUUAUUUCUCAAGAUUGGUUUUUUAAGGUAGUUAGUGUAUUAGAAUUGUUUGAAGUUGAAUAGGUUAUUUAGGUUGAUUUAGUGGAUUUUGAAGUUUUGUGUGUUGUUGGAAGCUUUGUGUGAAUUGUUUUGGUUUGUUGAAAGAGAAAACAAGUGGUGAAUUUAUCAUUGGAAUUUGAGUAAGUGUUGUUUUUGGAAAUGGAUAAUUCCAAAAACAGAUUAAAUGAUAGUUUGGGUGUUAACAAAUUGGGCAAGAAUAUAAGGAAGAGUCCUUUACAUCAGCCGAAUUUUGGCAAUAAUGCGGCUAGACCACAGCCUCAGCCGCAGGUUUACAACAUAAGCAAGAACGAUUUUCGGGAUAUUGUUCAGCAGCUUACUGGAUCCCCGUCACAGGAUCAUCCACCUCGGCCUCCACAUAAUCCGCCAAAACCUCAGAGUAUGCGUUUGCAGAAAAUCAGACCUCCUCCACUAUCGCCCAUCAAUCGACCUCGUUUGCCACCACCAAUGCCAAUGCCUGCAGCCCCUCCUCCAGUUCCUUACAAUAAUGCACCUAGACCUGCUCAUUAUGGACAACCAUCGCCCACUCCUUCACCUGGGGAUUUGUGGGCCAAUACAACUGAUUCACCAAUUUCGGCAUACAUGCGUUAUCUUCAGAAUUCAAUGAUGGAUCCAGGUUCUAGGGGUAACCAAUUUCAGCCUCAACACCAUCCAUAUCCUCAAGGGCCUCCACAACAUCCACAUCCUCAAGGGCCUCAGCAACAUCCACACCCUCAAGGGCCACAACAGCAUCCACACCCUCAAGGGCCUCAGCAACAUCCAUACCCUCAAGGGCCUCAACAACAUCCAUACCCUCAAGGGCCUCAACACCAAGGACAGGGCAAUUUUCAGCAUCAACCUCCUUCAUCCGCUUUGCUUCCUACUCCUGGCGUGCCCCCGAUUCCUUCUCCGAGAUUUAAUGGUCCUGUACCACCAAUGAAUGCCACUAAUCAUCCAGUGCCCAGUAUUCCUUCACCACACGGAAAUGGCCCUCCCCUUUUACCAUCUCCUACCUCUCAAUUUCUCUUGCCUUCUCCAACUGGUUACAUGAAUUUGCUGUCCCCUCGCUCACCUUAUCCGCUAUUGUCACCUGGCUUUCAGUUUCCAUCACCACUACCUAAUUUUCAGUUCUCACCCAUGGCACAGACAGGGAUUUUAGGUCCUGGCCCUCAACCACCACCUUCUCCCGGCCUUAUGUUUCCAUUAUCUCCUUCAAGCUUUUUCGCCAUGCCAAGUCCUAGGUGGAGAGAUCACUAGUCUUCUCAAGUUGUGCUUACAUGUUUGAUUGGGGUGCUGCCUUCUAACUGGACAGAUCUUAGUCCUGUUCAUUGGCAUGUAAUGUACAAAAAAGUUGUAAGGGCUUUUUUUUGGCUGUUUGUAGUGUUCAUUUCCCAUUUUUUUUCUUCUUUUUUUAUUUGAUAACCAUAAUGGUUUCGAUCCUUUUACUUUGACAAGUUUUACAUUAGGCAAUAUAUAUUGGAGAUCGAACAACACAAUUGAACAGUUGGACAGGAGCUGUAAAAUGGAAGACUGAUCUGUAACUUGAAGGAUUGUAGGAUUACAGACAAUACUUGUUUAGUAGGUUAGUUCAUGUUCUUUUGUAAUAUAAUGGAUUACAACUUAAAGUGCAUAGUUAAUUUCAUUGUUAUCUUUCUUUUGGAAGGUUUUUAAAAUAUUAAUCUUAUGGUUAUUACCAUGUGAAUUGCAAUGAAUGGUAUUUUCUUCUUCAGUGUAUUUUGUUUUUCUUA